AUGGCUGACAAUCAGAUCAGCCUGCCAGCCAAACUUAUCAAUGGAGGCAUUGCUGGACUGAUUGGCGUCACUUGUGUUUUUCCAAUUGAUCUGGCAAAAACACGCCUUCAAAACCAGCAAAAUGGGUCACGCAUCUACACUAACAUGUCUGACUGUCUGAUGAAAACUGUGCGGUCUGAAGGAUUUACUGGGAUGUACAGAGGGGCUGCUGUUAAUCUGACUCUUGUGACUCCAGAAAAGGCCAUCAAACUGGCCGCCAAUGAUUUCUUCAGACAGCAGCUCUCCAAAGAUGGGCAGAAGUUGACGCUGGUUAGAGAAAUGUUAGCUGGUUGUGGUGCCGGGACCUGUCAGGUGAUUAUAACCACUCCGAUGGAGAUGCUGAAGAUCCAGUUGCAGGAUGCCGGCAGAUUAGAGGCCCAGAGGAAGCUGAUUGGUCCGGAUGCUGUAAGGGGCCGGGCCAAAGAUUGCACUUUUCAUUUGAAGUCUCCCUCAGCUCUCCAGCUCUCCAGAAAUCUGCUGAAGCACAAAGGCAUCGCUGGUCUCUAUACAGGACUGGGGGCCACUCUAUUACGGGAUGUGCCCUUUUCUAUCAUCUACUUCCCACUGUUUGCUAACCUGAAUAGUCUGGGCAGGAGAAACGCUGAUGGUUCGGCUCCGUUUUACAUCUCUUUCCUGUCCGGCUGUCUUGCAGGAUGUGCUGCGGCUGUUGCGGUCAAUCCUGUGGAUGUGAUAAAGACCAGACUUCAGUCUUUGACCCGAGGACAUCAUGAGGACACUUACAGUGGAGUAAGAGACUGUAUCAGUAAGAUUCUCCGUCACGAGGGCCCGUCUGCUUUCCUGAAGGGGUCUUACUGUCGUGCACUGGUCAUCGCGCCGCUGUUUGGCAUCGCACAGGUGGUUUAUUUCCUCGGAGUUGGUGAAUUUGUUCUCAGCCUCCUGCGUGGACAAAUAAACUAA